CCGAGGGGCGCGGUCUGUGAGGACGAGCCCAAAGGAGGCCAAGGCGAGGAAGCGGCGGCGGGAGCAGCUGUUGGAGGAGGCCUGAAUCUUCCUGGCAGCCACUGAUCUUGGAAUGGGUGAUGGACGGGUGGCGGAAGUGGGUUUGACGCGGGCAGAGGCUGAGCCCGGCCUCCACGGACACGCUUUGCCAGAGGACAAGAGGAAUAUGCUCAACUCUCUGCUGUCGGGGGCGCUUGCUGGCGCUGUGGCCAAAACGGCUGUGGCUCCAUUAGACAGGACGAAAAUCAUGUUCCAAGUGUCCUCGACAAGGUUUUCUGCCAAGGAAGCUUACCGGCUGAUCUACCGCACCUACGUCAACGAGGGCUUCUUCAGCCUCUGGCGCGGGAACUCCGCCACCAUGGUCCGGGUGAUCCCCUACGCCGCCAUCCAGUUCUGCGCACACGAGGAGUACAAGCAGCUCCUGGGCCGCUACUACGGCUUCCAGGGAAAGGCCUUGAUGCCAUUACCCCGGUUCCUGGCUGGCUCUCUCGCAGGCAUAACAGCGGCCAUGUUGACAUACCCUCUGGAUUUGGUCCGUGCGCGGAUGGCCGUGACACCCAAGGAAAUGUACAGCAACAUCAUCCACGUCUUCAUUCGGAUAUCCCGAGAGGAAGGCCUGAAGACGCUGUACAGGGGCUUUGCGCCCACAAUCUUGGGGGUCAUCCCAUAUGCCGGGCUGAGUUUCUUCACAUACGAGACGCUGAAGAAGCUGCACGCAGAUCACAGCGGGAGAUCACAGCCGUAUCCUGUGGAGCGGCUCAUCUUUGGGGCGUGCGCUGGCCUGAUUGGGCAGUCGGCCUCCUACCCUCUGGACGUGGUGCGUCGCCGGAUGCAGACAGCGGGCGUGACGGGGCACUCGUACACAUCCAUCCUCCGCACCAUGGCGGAGAUCAUCCGGGAGGAGGGACUGGUCCGAGGCUUGUACAAGGGCCUCAGCAUGAACUGGGUCAAGGGACCCAUUGCCGUGGGGAUCAGCUUCACGACCUUUGACCUCAUGCAGAUCCUCCUCCGCAGAUGGCAGGGAAGCAGUGCAGACGUGGAGAGGUAGUGACCAGCCUUGCUAGCGUUACCUGCGGAUGGGAGAGUGAGAACAGCCAGCAAAGAGCAGCUUCCGUUUAUAUUCCCACCCCCCACCCCAGCCCCCCCACAUGCACAGGCAGAGUUCUGGAUGAGCUGGAAGACUGAGCCUGGUGAGACCUGCACAUCUACGCGUGGCUGGCUGCUCUCCAUCUCUGUGCAAUAGGUUAGCAAAGGAACAUUUUCAUGGCUCUUUGUCAGGAAGGAGCAGAGAUUCGAUCCCCCUUCUGGUCAUGAAAGCUAACUUUUCUAGGGCUUCUCCAAACCCAAAGGCAGUAGCUGGACUUUCCAGCCCCCUCUCAAUAAUGCCACAGUGUUUUCAACCGCACCUCGCCAAAUGCGGCCGCCCGCCCUCAGUUUCACGUCUGUCUGUUUGGUGGUUUGGACUUCUCCAGAAUUCGAGAGAUGUGUGGGUUCACCUCGUGUACCUUUUGGUUUCUUUCCUUUUUCUCUUAAAGUCGUCAGUUCUGUUUCCAAAGCAGGAUGGUUUGACCGGAUGGAAGCCUGUAAACACUUCUGUGUUGCACACAACCACCCUUUGCCUCCCUGGAGGGACGCCAAAGACGGAACGAUUCCAUUGGCCAGAGAGAAGAGGGAUGCCAAACCUUGACUUCCUGUUCUCGUGUUCCAGGGUUUCUGGUUUUGAAACUGGAUUGGAAUCAGCUGUGUUUAUGUUUUCCAGAGCAGAUUUUAUUUUUUGGAACAGUGUUUAAAGCCGAGGGUGCUGUCAAGUGAAUUUUCUUGGCCUGUGAUAUUAAGGAGAACUCCUGUCUGCUUGGAAUGGGAGCCCGUCCAUUUGGGCUUUUCUCCCUACAUCAGUAUUAUCCACGCUAUGUUUAAGCUCAUGAGGAGGGAAAUGCAGCGUCCAGGACCCCAAGUGUCUGCAUGCAAAUGAGUGUCAUUUCCAGAUUGAUCUGGAAGCAUCAAGGAGGGUCUUGCUCAGCUUUCGGAGUGAGACGCAACUUUUUGAUCCCCCCACCUCCCCCCCAAAAAAAUCCUUGUUCUUUUCAGUGCCCAGUAAUCUGACAUGUCCAGCUGUCACCUCCUCUGGUGCCGAGUGUCCCCGUGCUGGGGGAAGCUGGCAGGUGCCGUCGUGAGGCAGGAGAACGUGUCUCUUCCUGGGCUGCCAUUUCCAAGAGCAGCCCUGCACUCUGCCGGCGUGGUCAGGCCUCAAGGUCUGUGUCUGGCCUGCUCUCAGCUUGCUGUGCAGGGUCAGUUCUUUCGGCCUGUCUUUUCCACUCGGCUGCGUUAAAAUGUUGGCCCAGGAAUCCCCUUUUGGAAGCCGCCGCACAGAUGUGAGCCUGAAAGCACCUGUGACCUCUCUGCCAAGUUGCACACUAGGAGCACGGCGGUGGUUGCCCAGGGUUGUGUGUUCUGUGCGCACGCACAGUUGGAAAACCUGAACUGGUGACCGCUCCUGGUGUUGGUGCUGGUGUCGGCUUACCCCACCUGUCUUGUCCCUCUUCUCUUUUGUGGCAUGCAGUUCUGAGCUGCUUAUCCCCCCCUCUCCCCCCCGUCCUGAUCUGCCCUCUUCAAACUCCUAGGGCAGGGGUGUCCAACUCUGGCAUCCCAGAUGUUCAUGACUACAUGCUGGCAGGGACUGAUGGGAAUCACAGUCCAUGAACAUCUGGGGCACCAGAGUUGGACACCUCUGUUCUGGGGAUUCUCUGUGCCAUUUGCAAGGGUCCUGAAUUGGGAUGUCAUAGCUGAUUGGCUGUUUAUUUGGGGGAGGGAUGGAGUGGGGAGCGCAAGCGCUGUUCUGCAGAUGCAGAGGUCUUCAGUACCACCCCCACCCCACCCCCAAGUCUCAAACGGGCUCUUCUUUUAAAAUGCACAACACAGAUUUUGUGCAACAAUUGCACACUGAAACGUCACAAACCAGGAGCACAAGAGGCUCACAUUGUGGGCAUGAUAUUGCUAAUCCCUUUGGGGGGGAUACAUUUUUUUUGGGGGGGGGGUCUUAUGAUCUCCACUAGACACUUGGCCUGUAUGUGGUGUAUGGGGUUGGGUCAGGUGCCCCCUCAGCCUGGGGUUGGGCCGUCCUGCAGAAUCAAAUGCCUUAUACAUAAAUAAAAAUAUCAAACCGUUCCCUCUCCCAGUCAUUGGCUCCCCUGUUCUCCCGCUGUCAUCAGCAGGCCCCCUCUUUAGCCUGUGACAGAGGGAAGUGGUAGCAUUUAAAAGUGGUGAAAUAGACGUUGCGUGUGUGAGGAUGUGUAAGGUCCCCCCCCCCCCCAGCAGCAUCACAACCUGGUGAGAAAAAUCUCCCUGCUAGCAAAAAGGACCUCAUCUGUCUGUGCGAGAAAGACGGACGGACGGACGGACAGGGAAGGAAUUUUGGUCAAUUCAUUUAGGUCCACCUGCCUCCUUCCCAGUUUUUAGUGGCAGGGGCUGUACUGCACUUCUUUAGCCCCCCUCCCCUCCCAAACAGGUAAAAACCAGACCGGUUCACAUUUUGGGAAAGCCGGCUUUGUAAAACUUGACUUGUUAAUAGAAUGUAUUUCCUAAUAGCUGAGAGUCAGCGGUAAGAUGUGAUUUUGGGUGGGGGCAUUUCCUAUAACUUGAGACAAUCUCCCCCCCCCCCCCCCCAGGCAGAGAAUCUCUUCAGGAAUGGGGAGGGAAGAUUUUCCCCUCAGAUCUAGAAUAUCAAAGAUUAUGUUCUGCGAAGGAAGCGGGUAGUUUUCCUUCUCCCCUGAAGCAGCCUGGGGCUCCCUCCGCAGACGAGUGUUCCCACGGCCUACUGCAAGGUGGUCUUGGAAAUCUCUGCACAGUUCUUAUGGGGCAAUGGAGGUACAUGGAUUUGGAGGGGGGUGUAGGUUGCAUGGCCAAGCUACUCCUCAGCAGAGGAUCACAGCUGUAGGCCUGGCAAACCCACCCUUCUUGCUGCUCUAGACCAUGUCUGCUACCAGCGGGGCCUGUCUGGAUUUAGUGUUUUAGAAGAGCGGGGCAAGUUCUAGAGCUGGAGAGUCCCCAACCCCAUUUCCCCAUUUUACAUCUUCUCAUGAAGGAAAGCUGAAAACUGCCAAGGUCCUCCCCCCGGGUCCAGAUAGGCCCAGUCGCCAUGCACACAACAUGCUGCGGCUGUACCUGGAUUGGCCUGCGGACAGGUGCAUCAUCCCCAAAAACCCCGGCUCUCUGGUCUGACGUUUUUGUUACAGCCGUGGGCCCUUUAUAUCUACAAAUGUUUAUAGCAAUGAUCUUUUUGAGAUCCGUGCCAAGAGUGGAGUCUAUUUAUUCAUAAUAAUAAAAAAUGAAUGCCGUCUGGCAUUUGCGGUUUAA